CAACAGUGUGUCUUCCACACAAUUCUCAUUUCUUAAACCUUCCCAUUUUUCUAAGUGGCCUUUGCAUAUUGCAACACGUGGUUCUCCCGCUGCAUGUUGGGAACUGGGCCCCCCCAUGCCCCCACCCCCACCCGGCCACCCUCUGUCCCUUCUCUAUAUAUAUAUGUUGUCUUCCCCUUCCUCUCAAACAUUUCUCUCAACCAUAAACCAAAUCAAACUCUGGCCAUUAUGUCUGCUCCCAUUGUAAACCCUUUUUGGGGUUUCCAACCAACAAAAUUGUCCCUUAAAAUGUCUUCUUCUUCUUCCUCGUACCUUUCUUUCUUACCUCAGAGCCCCAAAUGCUCUGUUCAAGACCUUUCUCUGCUCCACUCUCCAAACAAACCUUCUUCAAAUAAUAAUCCCAUCAAAAUCCCAAUUUCGUAUCCCAAAGAACAUCAAGAAGCUCCUGUUGCCGUUUCUUCUUCUACGCCGCGCCGUGGGUGGAAUUUGUUGCAGAGAGCGGCGGCGGGGGCUCUGGAUGCAGUGGAGAGCAGGAUUACGGAGCGGGAGCUCGAACGCCCUUUGCCCAAAACAACCGACCCACGAGUUCAAAUCGCCGGGAAUUUCUCUCCCGUGCCGGAACGCCCUGUCUGUCACGCGCUCCCCGUCGACGGGAAGAUUCCCGAGUGCAUUGACGGCGUCUACGUCCGGAACGGCGCGAACCCGCACUUCGAGCCGGUGGCCGGCCACCACUUCUUCGACGGAGACGGGAUGAUUCACGCCGUGAAGUUCUGUAACGGCGCCGCCAGUUACGCCUGCCGGUUCACGGAGACGCAGAGGCUGGUCCAAGAACGGGCCGUCGGACGCCCCUUCUUCCCCAAGGCCAUCGGCGAGCUCCACGGCCACUCCGGCAUCGCAAGACUGCUCCUUUUCUACGCGCGCGGGAUUUUCGGACUCCUAGACCGCAGUCGCGGCAUGGGAGUAGCCAACGCCGGCCUGGUUUACUUCAACAAUCGGCUACUGGCCAUGUCGGAGGAUGAUAUGCCGUACCACGUGGAAAUAACCCCCUCCGGCGACCUCAAAACGGUGAAAAGAUACGAUUUUGACGGGCAAUUGAAGUCCACCAUGAUCGCCCACCCGAAGCUCGACCCUGUUUCCGGCGAGCUCUUCGCUCUGUCCUACGACGUCAUCCAGAAGCCGUACCUCAAGUACUUCUCCUUCUCCCGCGACGGGAAGAAAUCCAAAGACGUCGACAUCCCCGUCACCGACCCCACCAUGAUCCACGACUUCGCCAUCACCGAGAGAUUCGUCAUCGUCCCUGACCAACAAGUGGUGUUCAAGAUUUCCGAGAUGUUCCGCGGCGGCUCUCCGGUGGUCUACGACAAGAGCAAGAAACCCAGAUUCGGAAUCCUAAACAAAUACGCCGGAGACUCGUCGGAGAUGAAAUGGGUAGAAGUCCCGGACUGCUUCUGCUUCCAUCUCUGGAACGCCUGGGAAGAAACAGAGACCAACGAAAUCGUGGUGAUCGGGUCGUGCAUGACCCCGCCGGACUCAAUCUUCAACGAGUGCGAGGAGGGAUUAAAGAGCGUGUUAUCGGAAAUCCGACUGAACCCGGCCACCGGAAAAUCAACGAGGAAGCCAAUCAUUCAAGAAGAGAUGAACUUGGAAGCCGGAAUGGUGAACAGAAAUCGCCUGGGGAGGAAAACCCGGUACGCGUACUUGGCAAUCACAGAGCCGUGGCCGAAGGUCUCCGGCUUCGCAAAAGUCGAUCUUUUCACCGGAGAAGUGAAGAAAUUCAUGUACGGAGAGGAGAAGUACGGCGGGGAGCCUCUGUUCUUGCCCAGAAACUCUGUAGAAGAAGAUGAUGAAGAAGAUGAUGGGUAUAUACUGGCAUUUGUUCAUGACGAGAAGGAAUGGAAAUCAGAGGUUCAGAUAGUGAAUGCGGAGAGCCUGAAACUGGAGGCGACGGUGAAACUUCCGUCGAGAGUGCCAUAUGGGUUUCAUGGCACAUUCAUCAGUUGCAGAGAUUUGGAAACCCAGGAAAGCUGCUAGUAGUUCAAAUUCUGCUUCUUGGGCAGGGGAGAAUUGCCAGAGGGAUGGUUUGAUCCCCGGAAUCUCCAUUGUUAUGGAAGCUAUACAUGUUUAAUAAUCUAUCUGUGUUUCUUGGUAUAGGUACUGUGUCAGUAGUUGUUUGAAUAUAGGAGAGAUCAGCUU